UCGCCGCUUCUGUGUCGUCUUGUGUGCAGAUUUGAUUCGUUCAGUUAGUCUGGUGACUGAGAAAAACACUAACGACAGCAGGUUUGAGGCUCUCCUCUGUGCGGACAGAAGUUACCAGAAUAGUCGCGGUGCUCGGCUCGACAUGGCCAGUCGGAAGCGGCCGCUCGAAGUGGCUGAAAACAGCUUCAGGACGCCGGAGAAAAGAGUGUCUGAUGUCCCGCAGUCAGACUCGGACUACGGUCGGUGGGGAGUGGAGGAAACCUGCCAGUUUCUGCGGAGAGAAGGUCUCCAGCAAUGGGAGGAUAAAUUUCGAGAACAAAAAAUCACCGGUGUCGGGGUGCGAUAUGUCACAGAAGCUCACCUGGAGAAGAUGGGUGUCAAACUCCUUGGUGACCGCCUUCAUAUCCUACACAGUCUGAGGAAGCUCUGGCAGAUAGAAGCUGAGUCAAACAAGGUCUUUAAUGAUCCCAUCCAUGGACACAUAGAGCUACACCCUCUUCUCAUCCGAAUCAUAGACACACCUCAGUUCCAGAGAUUGCGAAACAUCAAGCAGCUUGGUGGGACCUACUUUGUUUUUCCUGGAGCAUCCCACAACCGCUUUGAACACAGCAUUGGGGUGGGGUACUUGGCUGGUCGACUUGUCCAAGCUCUCAACGUGAGGCAGCCAGAACUCCUAAUCUCUCAACGAGACAUCCUCUGUGUGCAGAUCGCUGGUCUUUGUCAUGACCUGGGUCACGGGCCCUUCUCCCAUUUGUUUGAUGGGCUGUUCAUUCCCAAAGCUCGACGAGACAUUACAUGGAGGCAUGAACAAGCCUCCCUGGACAUGUUUGACUACCUGGUGAAGGAUAAUGAGCUGGAACCAGUGAUGAAGAAGCACGGACUGGUGCUGCCAGAGGACAUGGACUUCAUCAAAGAGCAAAUUGCUGGACCGCUGGAUCCCAGUCCUUUGCAAAGUAGCAGGUGGCCAUACAAAGGGCGCCCAGCAGAGAAAUCGUUCCUCUAUGAAGUAGUGGCCAAUAAAAGAAAUGGCCUUGACGUGGAUAAGUGGGACUACUUUGCCAGGGACUGUUACCACUUGGGAAUCCAGAAUAACUUUGACCAUCGCCGCUUCCUGAAGUUUGCCAGAGUGUGUGAAGUGGACGGUCACAAGAACAUUUGCACGAGAGACAAGGAAGUUGCAAAUUUGUAUGACAUGUUCCACACGAGAAACUGCCUCCACAGAAGAGCCUAUCAGCACAAAGUGUGCAACGUCAUAGAAGCCAUGAUCACAGAAGCCUUUUUAAAAGCAGACCCACACAUCAAGAUUGAAGGUUCAGAUGGAAAGAUGUUUUCAAUCUCCACAUCCAUUGAUGACAUGGAGGCUUACACCAAACUGACGGAUCACAUUUUUGAGCAAAUACUCAACUCUUCUUCAGUGGAGCUGAGUGAAGCCAGGCAGAUUUUACGCAACAUCAUCCAUCGACGCCUCUACAAAUGUGUGGGCCAAACCCACGCAGAGAAACACAUAAAUGUCACCCAGGAUGUAAUUCACAGCUGGAAAGAACAGUUGUCUAGUUUAUGCAGCCAAGAUGUCAGUUUGGAACCAGAAGACUUUGAAGUUAAUGUCAUCACUAUGGACUACGGGAUGAAAGAAAAGAACCCCAUUAACAGUGUGCGUUUCUAUUCCAAAAAUGACCCUACCAAAGCCUACCAGAUACGCAAGAACCAGGUGUCCAAGCUUCUCCCAGAAUACUUUGCUGAGCAGCUGAUCAGAGUCUACUCUAAGAAGAGAGAUGAGAGGAUUCUAGAGGUGGCCAGGAAGUCCUUUGUCCAGUGGUGCAUGAUCAUGAACUUCACAAAGCCUCAGGAUGGAGACAUAAUUGCACCUGAGCUCACCCCUCUGAAAGCCAGCUGGUCAGUGAACAAUGAAAAUGAGGACAGCGAUGAGCAUGUCUCCAGAGCUACAAACUCGUACAACCUAAACAGACAAAACCGAGCCAAAAAUCGGCUUUUCAAGUAACAGAAUAAACUUCCCAUCAUUGGGUAGUUGGUGAGAUGGUGUUUUGCUGUGAGGCGAAUGUCCUGAUGAGUGCAGUAAACCAGAAAACAUGGUGUUUGUAAAUGGCAGUGGCUAUCCGUACGUAGCUGUAUUAAACAUACGCAAUUCAGUUCGUACGUAGUUCUUCUGAUUGGGCAAUCUGUCACAUGAAUGAGACGCUGUGUGCCUUUACGUCUGUAUGAGGAUUGUUAAAAAAUAAAAAGAUUGGGAUUCAAAGCUGGCUCAGAGGUCCUACACCCCACCACUUACACCACAGCAUCUCACACUUUGCAGUGGGUCAUAGCUUGAUGUCAUCAUACAUGCAAGGGGAAACUUUAAACCAGUCUUAAAAUGUAACCUCGAGCCAUGACCCCUAACACAGCUAUGCUACAUACAAAGAGAAUUUUGCUUCAUUACAGCUAUGUACUGAUUGCCGCUAAAUAAAAUGAAAAAAGGGGGUGAGGGGUCUUUGUGU